CCCCACAUUUGAAAAUGUGAAGGCAUAAUUGAGUUAGAAAAUGAAGAAGAAAAUCCCAUCUUUGGCACUGGGAAUACUACUAGUAUUUCUACUACAAUAUUUGGUUGCCGGAAUAUCAACAUCGGAAAACGACCCGGAAGGGGUAAUCGGGUACGGGUAUAAGGUGAAAAGUGUCAAAGUUGACUCCGGCACGCGUCGAUCGUUGACCGCAUUGCUUCAGCUUGUGAAGAAUUCCUCAGUUUAUGGACCUGAUAUUCAACUCCUCUCCAUUACUGCCAGCUUGGAAUCUAACGACCGGCUCAGAGUCCGAAUUACCGACGCCAAGCACCGCCGAUGGGAAAUCCCCGACAAUAUCCUUCACCGCCAUCAACCACCACCACCACCGCCCCAUUCUCUCUCCUCCCUCUACCGCACCCUCCUCUCAUCUCCCACUACCAACCGCCGCAAAAUCCUCCUCUCCCACCCAAACUCCGACCUCACUUUCUCUCUCAUCAACACCACCCCCUUCGGCUUCACCAUCUCCCGCAAAUCCACUCAUGACGUCCUCUUCGACGCCACCCCUGACCCCACUAACCCCAACACCUUCCUCAUCUUCAAAGACCAGUACCUCCACCUCACCUCCUCCCUCCCGGGCACCCGGGCCCACAUCUAUGGGCUCGGGGAACACUCCAAACCCACUUUUCAGCUCGCCCAUAACCAAACCCUUACUAUGUGGGCUGCCGACAUUCCUAGCAGCAACCCGGAUGUUAACCUAUACGGGUCCCACCCGUUUUACAUGGAUGUUCGUUCUUCGCCGGUGGCGGGGUCCACUCAUGGGGUGUUGCUGUUUAAUAGCAAUGGGAUGGAUGUUGAGUAUACUGGUAAUCGGAUUACUUACAAGGUGAUUGGGGGUAUUAUUGACCUUUACUUCUUUGCCGGACCUUCGCCGGCACAAGUGGUGGAGCAGUUUACUCGGGUCAUCGGCCGCCCUGCCCCGAUGCCUUAUUGGGCAUUUGGUUUUCAGCAGUGCCGUUAUGGUUAUCAUGAUGUAUACGAGCUUCAGUCUGUGGUAGCUGGGUAUGCAAAAGCUAAGAUUCCCUUGGAAGUAAUGUGGACAGAUAUUGAUUACAUGGAUGCUUAUAAAGAUUUCACUCUUGACCCUGUUAAUUUUCCACUGGACAAGAUGAAGAAAUUUGUUAACAACCUUCACAAGAAUGGGCAAAAAUAUGUGGUAAUUCUGGAUCCUGGUAUCAGUACAAAUAAGACGUAUGAAACAUACAUUAGGGGAAUGAAACACGAUGUCUUUCUGAAGCGUAAUGGUAAACCAUACCUUGGUUCUGUCUGGCCUGGUCCUGUAUACUUCCCUGAUUUUCUGAAGCCUUCUGCUUUGACCUUUUGGACUGAUGAAAUCAAGAGAUUUCUAAAUCUCCUCCCUGUUGAUGGUCUUUGGAUUGACAUGAACGAAAUAUCGAACUUUAUUUCUUCUCCACCUAUCCCUGGAUCUACACUUGAUAAUCCUCCUUAUAAAAUCAAUAAUUCUGGAGUGAUGUUACCCAUUAUAAACAAGACUAUCCCACCAACCGCCAUGCACUAUGGUGAUAUUCCCGAAUACAAUGUUCAUAACUUAUUUGGAUACCUUGAAGCUAGAGUCACUCGUGCUGCCCUUAUUAAACUCACCAAGAAAAGGCCAUUCGUACUCUCUAGAUCAACGUUUAGUGGUUCGGGGAAGUACACUGCACAUUGGACAGGAGAUAAUGCUGCAACUUGGAACGAUCUUGUGUACUCAAUUCCGUCUAUGUUAGACUUUGGACUUUUUGGUAUUCCGAUGGUCGGGGCAGAUAUUUGUGGUUUUCUUGGGAACACAACUGAAGAGCUAUGUCGGCGUUGGAUACAGCUGGGGGCUUUUUAUCCUUUCUCUAGAGAUCAUUCAUCACUUGGUACAACCUAUCAAGAGCUGUACAGAUGGGAAUCAGUCGCUGCAUCGGCUAGGAAAGUCUUGGGACUCCGCUACACGCUUCUCCCUUACUUCUAUACAUUGAUGUACGAGGCACAGCUGAACGGAAUCCCUAUAGCACGGCCUCUUUUCUUUUCUUUUCCUGAUGACAUCAAAACUUAUGGUAUCAGCUCACAGUUUCUUCUUGGUAAAGGUGUAAUGGUCUCACCUGUCCUGAAACCUGGUGUAGUAUCUGUCACUGCUUACUUUCCACGUGGAAACUGGUUCGAUCUGUUCGAUUAUACUCGUUCAGUCACUGCCUCUACUGGAAGAUAUGUUACUCUUAGUGCACCCCCUGAUCAUAUCAACGUUCACAUUCAAGAAGGUAAUAUUCUGGCUAUGCAAGGGAAAGCUAUGACAACCCAAGCAGCACGCAAGACACCGUUCCAUCUAUUAGUGGUGAUGAGCGAUUGUGGGGCCAGCUUCGGUGAGUUGUUCUUGGAUGAUGGGGUUGAGGUGACAAUGGGAGUCAAUAGAGGAAAAUGGACUUUUGUGAAAUUCAUUGCUGCAUCAGCAAAACAGACUUGUAUUAUCACCUCAGAUGUAGUUUCUGGGGAAUUUGCAGUGAGUCAGAAAUGGGUCAUUGACAAGGUUACAAUUCUGGGUUUGAGAAAAGGAACAAAGAUCAACGGGUAUACAGUACAAACAGGUGCUGUAACAAGAAAAGGCGAUAAAUCCAAACUUAAAUCAACUCCAGAUAGAAAAGGAGAGUUCAUUGUAGCUGAGAUUUCUGGUUUGAACCUGCUUUUAGGACGCGAGUUUAAGCUUGUAUUACACUGAGUUAGUAAGUGGUGUUUGAGUGUUUAACUUCUCUGAUUAUGGGCGAGGUGCAAAUAAUUGAAUCAAGAUUCAUGUAUUUAUUUAGUACUGUAAUAUUUACCAAGAGGCAAUAAGAUCAGAUAAGUUGUUAGAUUCUGAUGUUGUAAUCUUUCAGGAUUUAUGUGCAACAGGUUUUGGAAA